AUGGAUUUUAACACCAUAUUUCACCCAACAGAUCUGGUUAACCUUGAAAAGAUAUCUUGUCAACCAGAAUCCCCAAUACAGGAUGCUAUCUUGUCGCCGCCAAUAACUCCAAAGGUUCGGGCGCAAUUCCCGUCCCCACCCUGGUCGUUUGGUAGUGCUGCUGAGCCAGGAAAGCUUAUUUCCUCAACAUUGGAUCCGUCCAAGGCUAUGAAUUCGUCUCGCAGAAAAUCCAGCGCCUAUCUCUACAGACGCAAACACCGUACUCCAUCAGUUGGUGGCAGUAGCGAUUGUGACCAAGAUAUCACCUUUAUCUUUCCUCCCCUUGUUUCGCCUCUAAUGGCCUGUCAAUCAAAAGAUUACCGUCCACUGAAUUCAUCCCAAUCCUCACAAAUAUCACAGAUAUCAGUGCCGCAACAAGAACAAACAAUAAUUCAAAAUGAUUCGAUUGAAAAGGAUGAAUUGAUGUCUGUAAAGAGACGCAGCUGCCCAAUCGUUCGACGAUCGCCGUCAAUCACUCGCGAAGGUUCAUUUGGCAUGGAUAUGUCUGACAUGUGCAGACCUAAUUCUUAUAGGAGAUCGUCUGAUAUUUCUCAUGAUCAUUAUAACCACAAUCUCCAGAACACCCAACACAACCAACACAGCCAGCACAGCAAUUUUCUCCCCCAGCGCACGCCAUAUUCAAAACAAAAAAAAUGUGCAAUCAAGCCACAAGAGCCGCCACUACCACUACAAGUUGAAGAACAUGUGAUUACAUCUACACCAAUUGUUGCCAAACCAGUCAAAACUUCAUGUUCUGUUAAACCCGAACGCUACAUUAAAAAGAAAGCCAAGACGGAUGCAGCGGUUGCAUAUGAUCAGGUUGACAUUCAUCUAGAGGACACAAGCGCUUAUGAACCCGAGUGGAUCCCUAGUCUAGACGUAUUUGAUCGAACCGCUCAUGUUCGAGUAGUUUGGAAAGGAUCACCCGUAUCUCUUGUUGGAUUAGCACACUACGAAUUACUUCAUCCUGGAGAGGUUCAUAUUGCAUCUACCUUGAGACUCACGCCAGAACAGUAUCUAAAAUGUAAGCGCGUGCUUGUACUCGGGGCUCAAGAGGCUAGCAAGGAACAUGUGCCAUUUCGUAAAUCUGAUGCUCAACGGGUAUGCCGUAUCGAUGUCAACAAAGCAAGUACACUUUGGAGUGUAUUUGGUCGACUAGGAUGGUUAGGUGGCAAAUGGCCAAAUUAA